CCACACCGGCACGCAGCUCCCUUAUCCUCUUCCUUCUUCCCUUGGCGACGGACGGCCUCUCCUCCAAACACCCUCCCGCCCAAGCGCAUCACCUGCAAAAGAGCUUCUCCGCGACCGUGGGACCGAUCGAUCUCUCAUUCUUCCAGCUCCAGUUGUUUCUGCGGAUUCGUUUGAGGCGCGAGCGAGCGAGCAUGGAGGGGCUGACGGAGAGCGAGGUCGCCGGCUUUGCGGUGGGCGCCUUUCUGCUCGGCGCCAGCAUCGCCGCGCAGAGGGUCGACGGCUUCGUCGCCGCUUCGCAGAGAAGGUCUUUAAACAUGUGCAAGCGUUGUGGUGAUCUUCGGAUGGUGGCAUGUUCACAAUGCAAAGGAGUAGGCUCUGUCAGGAAAGGUGGAACCUUCACAUUCGGCAUGCUGGAGGACAUCUAUGAGUCGCUUGGAGCUGAAACAAAGGCAGCAGAUUUGGCCCCUUGCUCAAAGUGCCGUUCUAAAGGCCGCCUCCCUUGUGAAGAGUGCGCCAAGGUCAGAUGACCAUUUAAUAGCUUUUUUGUGAUUAUUGAUCGGAGUUUGCAUGACCAUUUAAUAGAGUUUUGUGAUUAUUGAUAUCUGAAUAAGAUGCCCCAUUUUGUAAA